AUGGCAGAAAAAAAGAUUUUUCGACGUCCUAGGAAAGCUCUUAAACAAGAUAUUUCAUCUUUCAAUGGAAUACAUGAAGAUGCCGAUGCACGAAAAGGUCAAUAUUCAACGUUAGUAGCAAAUUAUUAUAGUUUAACAACUGAUUUAUAUGAAUUCUCUUGGGGUGGAAGUUUUCAUUGUGCCAAUCGUUAUCGUAAUGAAACAUUUGCAGAAUCAAUUCAACGACAUGAAUCUUAUUUAGCAUUAAGAAUGCAACUUAAACCAGAAGAUAAAGUACUCGAUAUUGGUUGUGGUGUUGGAGGACCAUUGAGACGUAUUGCACAUUUAAGUGGAGCACAGAUUACUGGUGUAACAAUUAGUCCAUAUCAAGUUCAACGAGCUCGAGAAAUUGGUGUACCUAAAAAUUGUGAAUUUAUUCUUGGUGAUUUCAUGAAGUUACCAUUUGAAGACAAUAGUUUUGAUUAUGUUUAUGCUAUAGAAUCUGUAUGCCAUGCACCGGACAAGUCGAAAUGUUUUGCUGAAGUUUUUCGUGUACUUAAACCAGGUGGUUUAUUUCUUGGUUAUGAUGCCUGUUUAACUGAUAAAUAUAAUCCUCAAAAUCCUGAACAUGUUGAAAUAAUACGUACAAUGGAAGCAACGUUUGCCCUAUCACAAUUAAGAUUGACUCGUGAUUUCGUUACAGAUCUUGAAUCUACUGGUUUUACUGUUGAAGAAAAUCGAAUAAUACCUAUAGCUGAUAUUCCUGAUUAUCAACCAUUUGAUAAAGGUGAAUCAUUAUUGUCACCCAAUCUUCAUCGCACAGGUCCUAUUGCUCGACGCAUGGGACAUUAUAUGAUUUGGUUUACAGAAAAAAUUCGUGUAGCUCCUAAAGGCAGUACAAAAAUAAGUGAUACAUGUCAAAAAUCAGUUACAAGUUUCUUACAAGCUCGUAAACUUGAUAUAUUUACAUCGUUAUUCUUUUUUUUUGCUCGAAAACCUUAA